UCGGAUCUCGAUCGGGCCGGUUGCGUACUGUGUUUGUAGGUAGAUUCGCGAGCUACCAACAAGCGUCGUUUAGUCCAUUCCGAGCCGUGCAAUCGAGAUGGUCUUUUUCCUAGUUUUUCUAUAUGACCACGCGUAAGCAUUACUCUUCUGCGUGUGUUUGUCUUGCUCCUAACAUUUAUCUAUCUCGCGACCGUGUAACGACAUUUAAGUAACGAUCGUUCGUUCGUUCUUCCUUUUAAGACUUUAAGAAAGUGAGACAGAGAGACAACGAGAUAAAAAGAGUACUAUAAUUCAAAUCAUCAUGGAUCGAUCAUCGAAAAUGAUUCUACGAAAGAUCAUUAUAGAUUUCGUGUGCUUGCUUAUUGUGAGUGGUGUGGUGCUGAUGUUUUUCCUGUUCGGCAAGCCGUACAAGCGGGGAUUCUUCUGCAAUGACGAGUCGUUAUAUCAUCCGUUCCACACGUCGACUGUAACAAGCGUGAUGCUCUACGUCAUUGGUCUUUUACUUCCUAUAUGCACGAUGAUAAUCGGAGAGUAUCUUUACGCGAGAUAUUGUGACGCAGAUUCGACGAAGAUAUUAUUUGGCUACAACAUACCACCAUGGUUAUGGGGUGCAUAUGAAAAGAUUGGCAUAUUCGGUUUUGGAGCAGCAACAACUGUUUUAAUCACCGACAUCGCCAAAUACACGAUCGGCCGACUGAGACCCCAUUUCAUGACUCUUUGUGUGCCUAGCAUUAAUUGUAGCCUGCCUGAAAAUCAGCACAGGUAUAUCGAGAACUACGUCUGCACCGAGAACAUCUCGACCAGACUUCUAAAGGAGAUCAGAUUAUCCUUUCCCUCAGGACACUCGUCAUUCUCGGCCUACACGAUGAUCUACCUCGCGCUGUACUUACAAUUAAGGAUGACAUGGAAGGGUAGCAAGCUGUUGAAACACUUCCUGCAACUUCUGUGUAUACUUAUGGCCUGGUUCACGGCAUUGUCACGAGUUUCUGAUUAUAAACAUCACUGGAGCGAUGUUCUGGCCGGCUCGACCCUUGGUACCAUCGUGGCACUAGUCGUGGCGAACUGCGUGGCGAACCUGUUCAAAGAUCGGAGUCAUUGCUUGAUGGAAGAGAAACGCCGUGCAGCCGAUUACGAAACAGGGGGCGGUACACAGGAAACUACAUUUACGUUAAACGGAACGCUGCUAAAUAGAAAAGAGUUCUCCGUAAUGUUGUAAAAAUGAAAAACGAGAUGGUGGAUUUUUUUUGGAAAAGAUAAAUAAACGAAGGGAGGAGCUACUCGAAUUACAAAGCUGAUCUUCACGAUCAACGAUCAUAGCUGUACUUCGUUUAAAACUUUAAUUAAGAGAUAAUGUCAUAGGAAUUUCUGCGAGUUUCGUCCGUGCGGCUAAGCAUUACGAAACUUCAUUCUGUCUGAAAUGAAAAGUAUUCGAUUAAAAUAGGAAAUAUAAUUAAGAAACGAUAGUAAUAGAGAUCCAGGAAGAGUGACACAAGAUUUUUUACGUACAGUACAUUCCCGAUUUAUCAAUGAAACGAAUGUAACGCCAUACUCUUUUGGACACCUUUUAAAUUUAGCGUAUUACCUUCCUUCUCGAAUCGAAAAAUCGACGACUAAAUAUGUGGUUUGUUUUCUCUUUUUUCUUUCACACGUCUGGAGCCAAGCUCGAAAAUAUUGUCGGAAUUGACCGAUAUGUAAAUUAUUGUAUCGUUCGAAACGUGCUACUGUAUUCUGAUUUGCGAUUAGAAUAACGAAGCACUUUCCUUGUUAUUCGUACGAAGGGUUAAUUUUAUGUCUGCGUUAAAAUAUAAGUCAAGUGUAUUAUAAUAUCUUUAACAUAUUAUAUAUGUAUAUAAAUAUGUUAUAUUUUAAUGUCUUAUUGACCGUUGAUCUUGUUCCUAUGAUUGUAUCUCGCAAUUGAAAUUCGUGCGUAUGACACGCGUGACAAAUAUAUUUUACUCUUCUCUUUUUUUCUUUUUUCAAAAAUAUGAAAUUGAUAAUAUAAAACACGCCUUUGCCUUUCGUUGAGUUGUUGGCAAUUAACAUAGUUUGUACGUUGCUUAAAAAAAAAAAACAAUAUUGAUUCCUUAUGGUGAGUUAAUAAAGGGUGUGAUGAAGGAUAUUUAUAUAUUUUAAAGGAAACGAGACAUUUUUUAAUACGUGCUUAUCAAUAUUUUAACAUUAAGAUGAUAAAAUUAUUAUGAACUUGUAUUGUAAAUAUAUGUAUAAUGUGAUUUAAUUACGAGAAUUAUUUUUCUUUUUUUCAUUAGAUUUUAUUCUAGGUACGUAAUCUCGUUUGAACUUUUACUUAUAACUUUUUGUACUCGAAGCAAACGACGAUGAAAAAUUUAGAAACAGUUGAUACUAUUACGAUAUAAGUAAUAAUCGUGAAUUGACACAAGUAUAUAUCGCUAUGAAGUAAUACUUCAAAAUAUAUUUCAUUAAUCUUUGUAUUCUUUCAGCGUGUUCUCGAAAAUGAGUUUCCUUUUUUGUAUGCCCACGUUUGUUCAAUUUCUUUUUACACGCCUUUUACAUUUAUUGUACGCAUUGAUAGGUCAUUAAAUGACGUUCGAGUAUUUUGUAAUCGAAGAAACGAAUUGUUUACACGUAGCGUAGUUAUACGACGAUAAAAAUACAACUACGUUCAAGUGCGAAUAAAAUUCACGAGAAACAUGAUUCAUGGGAUAAGUUAGAUUAGAUAAUUUAUGAAUAUUUUUACAUUCUACCGUACUUUCAACUUCGAACUAUAAAAUGUAAUAGAAAAUAAAAAUUUACGAACAAGGGGUGGUAUAUUGUAUUCUUUAAUCGUUAAAUUUCUAUUGUUAUACAUAGAUAAUUUUAUUAUUAACGUUAUUAGAUGUUUAGUAUUAACUAAGCGAUCUUCUGAUAAUUACGAUAACUUUAUCUUUGGAAAUUAAGAUUAAAUUACGAUUACCGUUAAUGAAACAAGCUCAAAAUAAUUAAAUGGAAUUGGUAAAAUAUUUAUAGAUAUUAAUGUGCUCGUGGAAAAUAUUUGACGAACAUUCCAAACCACGAGAAAUCAAAUAAAAUGUUUCUACCUAAUAAAAUACCAGCAUCUUAAUUGCUGUAAUGCAAAUUGGCGGUCAAUAAGAUGUUAAUUGUUAAAUGUAAAAUACGAUUGAUUUCGUUAGACGAUAAAUUAAAAAAAAAAAAAACUCUAAAGAGAAGACGAUAAGCCUUAAUUUCGCAAUGUGUCUUUCAUAUUCUUUAAAUAUUAGAGAAAAUAAAAACAAAAAAAGAAAAUAACGCGAAGUAAGUUGAAUCGAUUCUUAAGGAGCUACAUAAAUCCAGGAAAUUGUCAAUUUCUUUUCAUAUCUUUUGUAUCUUCAAGCCUGUCAAAUAUUUAAACGCUUUAAACGUUUUACCAUUAAGCGAUUACUAUCAAAAGCGAUACCAAAAGUAUUAAAAACAAUCUGCGAAUUGUUGCAUCAGCAAAUAACACAUAAAAAUUAACCGUUUAUAUUUUUCUCCAUAUUUUUGCAAAACUUGCACGAUUGCAAAACCUAAAUAUCCACUAUUUUGCACGACGAGCAUUUUUCUUAAAAAUUACAUUUCCUUGGAUCAGAAAAACGUUGAAAGAUACGUAGUUUUUAAUUUCCUAAAUAUAAGUAGCUCCUUAAUUUGUUAACUGGGGAAAGACGAGUUAACUGGUCGCUGGCAUUACCAAUAUUUUGUACUUAAUAAUUCAUUUAUCUCCUCCUUCUUUUUCUCAUAAUUACUCUGAUAUUAAAGAUAAUAAAUAUAUUAACUCAUUUACAUUUGCGUAGAAUUCGAUCGAAUUAAUUCGUCUUUCGUUAAUUAUUUAAAAAAAUCGCCCAGUUAACAAGUUAAGACGACUGAGUUGAAUAUUAUUAGCAGUAUAAACUAUGUCUAACGCGAUUUAUCGGAUUUGCACGAUGGAUCAUGUUCCCUAUGCUCGUUCAUACAGACGAAGGGAUCGUUAAUCAUUGCUUAAAGGGUUUCGUAUUUAUUCUAGGGCAAGUCUCCUGCUAUUACUUCGAGCAAAGAUGUAAACAAGGGGUUUACGAUAUACAAUACAAUAACAUUGGUUAAAAGGAAACAAUUGUAACGCGUGUACCGUUUUAUUGUGAUAUCAUGAUCAUUAAAUUCUGCACAGAUUGAGAAUGUAUAUCAGAUCGAAGUAAUAAGUUCGCUCAUCUUUCGAUGAAAUAAUAUCGAAAUUUCGAUCGCUGUGAUAACGAAGAUAUUAAUAAUUCUAAGUUUUAUUCGAUGAAAGUAAUCGUUGACAUUGGUAUAUAACGUCUAAUAAAUAAAAUAUAAAAAGUGAUAGAUACUGUUGAAAAGUUUAUUUGAAAUGAUAAAGCGUCAGUGUAUCGUAAUAAUUCUAAGUUCUAUUCGAUUAACAUCGAUAUACAUAUAACGUCUAAAUACAUGAAAUAUAUUGAAAGUGAAUAAAUAUUCUUCAAAAUUGUUCUUUCGAUAUAUUCUAAGGCAUCGUUGCGCAUACUUGAAAGAUCCUCAAAGAACGAUCAAAAGGAAAAUACGAUUGAACGUAAUUAAAAAAUUCAGCCUUCAGGUGAGAAGAAGAGGAGCAUUUCGAACGAUUACUGCUUCAGCUUACGAACUAAGAUUUCGUUAAAAAAAAAAAAAUCCGAAGAGUCGAUGCAUCCAGAGUAUUGAAGAUUACACACACGGUAGCGACGAAUUACGUUCAAUUCAAUUUAUGUAAGUAGAUAAUUUACAGAUAGAUAAUUUACAGAUGCGAUAAAUCAUCGAACUGGAAUUACUUAACGAAAGAAAAAGAUCUUUAAACCCGUUCCUUUAAAUUCGAUUCGUACGGUAAUAUGUAUAAAUAACGAUGGCUUCUCUUCGUUGAGACGAAAUCGUUCAUCACUGGUUCACGAACAGUAAAAUGGACGAGGUAUAAAUACAUUAUAGUAGCUUUGACCAGUACACGCCACUUAAGCAGAAACAGUGGCACACGUGAUCCUUCUUGAUCGGCAUUUCGUAUCCAAAGAGAGGAUACAGCAUCGAUAAAAUCUACUCUUUCUACCAUUAAUAAUACCGAUAGGUAUCUGGUUAUAAAUGAUGGUCCUUAUUAUCUCGUAUACGCAAGAAUACGAGGAAUCACGUCGAAAGUAUUCAAACACGAGCGUAAUGCGAAAUUAGUCUUGUACUACUCGGAACUGUCUUGUACACGAAAUGUUGAAAUAAAACUUCCUAUACGUGCGU